UGCGCAUGAAGACAAAGAAACAACUAGCAGCGGCCGCUGCGGCGGCAGCAGCAGCCGCUGAAACUAAAGCCGCCUCAACUGCCGGAAGUGCAAGUGCAACUAGCAUCACAGCUUCCACCCCAGACACAGCUACUCCGGUGGGUGCCAUCAAGAAACCCCUGAAACGCCUACAAUCGAAAACCAAAGAGAUUCCUCCGAAAUCGAGUGACGCACAGCAGCAGCAGCUAACACCAUCCGUCAGUUCUUCCGGAGGGCCAGCACCCAAACAACAGAAACAAUCAGCCGGUAAUCCUAAAUCUCCCGUUCAUCCUACUGCCAAGAAUGUCAAACAUAGUCCAGCGAGAUCUGCCGGCACUCCUGCGGCAUCCAGGGUAAAGAAAUCAACGCCCUCGACAGGUGCCAGAAGCGUUCCCAGCGCAGACAAGAAGAAAAUUCAAAAGGAGUUGAAAAAUUUGGGUAUUACCGAUCGGGCCAUCAAUCAAAUCGAUACAGCCGCCGUCAACCCGUGCAACCCGUCAAUCAGCGAGAUGGUUAAAACCAAGUCGCGUGCCACCGUCAGCCAGCAGAAAGCAACCGAUUUUGGUACCCUGGGUGGUCCGUCGGCGAUCGUCCCAAAAAGCGUUCCCACUGCGACUAGUACUGCUCCUCCAGCAGUGGAGAAUCCCAAACCAUCGGAACCGAUAGCGGCGGCGACCACUCCUACCAAGAAGAAACCGGUCCCCAAAACAAAGGACACCAAGAAACAAGAGGAGGGCGCGAAAAACAAAACUCCAGUCACAGCUCAACCGGCAACGUCUAGCGAACCACCUCCGUCCCAGUCCCAGCCUCAACCCAGUGUGGCUAAAGAAGAUGUUAAAGCGCCACCCGUGUCCAAGAACACGGAUAGCAAAAGUAAAGCAAAAAAGCAACCCGAAAGCAAAGAUGAUAAUGAUGCUGCCACCACUGGCGUCGUCAGCGUAGAACAACAACCGCAAAAGGCGGGAAAGAAGAACACACCGGCUGCAACCAAGCCAAAAGCAAAAUCCAAAAAGGCAAUCCUAGAGGAGAAGAAGGCAGCGGCUGCGAAGGCUGCCGAAGAGGCGAAGGCAGCGGAAGAGGCGAAGGCCGAGGAAGAUGCAAAGGUUGCGGCCGCCGCGGCUGCUUCUAAACAAGAAGCAGAAGAGAAACAAAGGAUGGAAGAGGAACGAACGUGUUCCCUGGAGUUGGUAGAAUCAGAUGACAAGAACGAUGAAGAAGAAGUCCAAAGUCGCAUUGAAGAUAUUGUCAAGUCGUUAGAAGACGACGAUGAUGAGGAGAUGGGUAUGGGGCCACUUUUAAUUGAACCCAAGGUGGUGAAAGAAGAAACAACAGAAGCAAAGAAAAAGCAACCAACGAAGGUUGCGAAGGGGAAAAGUGACGGUCAGAAGACGAAAAAGAUACAAUUUAGCAAUAUUGAUGAAGAUGCAGAUAAAUUUGAUGAACCUAGCAAGGAGCAAACGGAAAUAUUUGUCCAAUCAACAAAAGUUACAGUAAAUAAAGAUACUCCCAAAGCUACAACAAAGCGAAAAAAUACUAGACCGAGGAAACCUGCGGUGAAGAAAAAGUCUGAACCAAAAAGUGUAACUGAAUCUCCGAAACUUACUGCAGAGUCUCCUAGCGGUAAUGAUGACAUAAGUACCGCACUUCUUAAUCCCGAACCUACAACUAGCCAAUCUUCGAAUACUCCUUCAAAUGAAGCAACACAAUUUCCAACCGAACCAAAAGCUUGUGAACUAACUGAUCUUCCCGACCCACCUAAAUCUAUUCGUUCUUCCACGGAAAACGAUGACGACCUGCCCCUAAACCGUCUCAAGGAUCAACCCCAAUCCGAGAAACCGCAAACCUUUGCCAUUCCUCAAACACCUCCUUCCGUCAAAGUCAGUCCCAGUGCUUCAUCAACUCCCAACUCUACCGAACCAGUAACCAAAGCUCCUCCCAAAUCCAAACGAAAAUAUGUCCGCAAGACUCCCACCAUCCCGGGAUCCAACUCUAAGAAAAAACCUACGAAAUCAACCACUUCCGCAGCCUUGGCUAGAGAUCCAAAAGAUGGCAAACCGUCGUCGGAGAAAAGGGAUGUGUACGAUUUCGAUGAAUUUUCCGACUGUGAAAUUGACGGACCGGCGAAAGGUGGCAAACCCGUUUUCAAGCGAAAGCAGGUUCAAACGAGUUCGGCGAAGGAGGAAGAUGAACCGGAAGAUGAGCCAGCAAUGAGUAGCAAAACCGCUGAGGAAAAUGAGAGCAAACAUGAAAACAAAGAAAUUGAGAAGCCGGAAAGCGAAUGUGAACCGCAAAAGGAUGAAAAAGACACGAAGAAAGCGGAUAAGCCUAAAGUUAAAGUGGUUCAAAAGACCAAGACUCAACAGAAGGAACCGGACUCCUCAGAUUCCGACCAGAGCGAAGAAGACAAGCCUCUCAGGAAACCGAGCAAGCCAUCACCAAAGCCAAAAGCAACCAAGCCACCAAUUAAAGAUUCCAUAACCGAUUCCGAAAUGGAUGAAUCCGAAGAAGACGAUAAAGAACGGGACCCGGAUGAACGACGUGCGACACCAGUUAGCCGAAAAAUCAAACAAGAAGUCCGGGACUCGUCCGAAGACGACGAGGACUCCGAUGGCUACAGUUCGGAGGAAUCGGUGCGCACUCGAAUCGUCAAGAAGCAGUUGACGGCCAAGACGAGGCACCUGAAGCUGUACGGGUUCUGGUCCGGACCGAAGCGUCAUCGGGUGGCGUCGUUGAAUGCCAUUGCCAAGGUGCACUGUUUGUACGAGAACGAAACGCGAGCGGCCCUGGAAGCUAGUCUGAUGAAGCAAGGUCCGCCGAGGGCACCGAGGGUAAGGGAGGUGGUCAAGAAGGAGAAGCCCGAGGAAGAUGUGAAGAAGAGUGAAGUGAAGGUGGAAGAAAAGAAGAAGGAAGUUGAGGGUGCGAAAAAAGUUCAAGUGGACUUGGAGAAAAGCAAGGAGGACGAGAAGAAAACAAAGAUUGAGGAAAAGAAACCGAAGGACGACGAGAAGAAGAAAGCGGUUAAGGUAGCGGCGGUGAAAGAAGAGAAGAAAAAAGUUACGAAGAAAGCUGAAACAAAAGAAGAAAAGAAGAAAGAAACGAAGAAGGUUGAGGUGAAAGAAGAGAAGAAGGAAGACAAGAAGAAAGAGAAGGAGAAGGAGAAGAGAAAAGACGAGACAGAGAGCGAGAGUGAAAGUGAAUCAGAGGAAGAAGUUGUUACUAGAACUCUUCGAUGCGUUCCUGGUCUUCGGGGUGCCGGUAAACAUUGGGACCCCAAUGCUUCCAGUAUGGAAUCCGAAGGUGAUGUCCUUCCAGACUCGGAUGAAACAUACGCACAGGGCAAGGACACCGAUCCGGUCAAGAAGCGCAAAGUCAAACGGAAGGUCAUCAAAAAAGUCAAACCCAAAGCCAAAGCGGAAAAAACGGAAAAGCCCGACAAGCCUAAACCGCCCGCAAAGAAGAUCAAGAAAGAAGUCAAAGCGCUGCUUUCCGAUGCAGAGAAGCAGCAGGACGAUGAGUCCAGCUCCUCAUCCGCAAGUUCCGAGAAAGCUCCCAUCAAGCCGAAGUCCGAUGAACCGAAAAAGCGCAAACGGGAACCCAAGGAGAAGAAAGAGGUGGUGGAAGUCCUGGGCAAGAAGCGCAUGGCGAGCUUGAACGCCACGGCCAUGCUGGCCGCCACAUAUGAGGUUCAGCGGAUAUUGUACCGCAAUACGGAUUCCGAUUCGGACAGCCCGGCGGAGAAGCCCAAGGCCAAGAAGGCCAAAGAGCAGAAGGAAACGAAAGACAAGGAGUCGGUCAAAGCGGAAGAGAAAAAGUCUUCGAAGGCGGCGGUGAAGGACGCCAAGAACGACGAAGAACAUGAGCCUGCGGAAGGUUCCGCCAAGUCUGCCGAGAAAGACAAACCUAAAGAAAAAGAGAAAGAAAAAGAAAAAGAGAAGGACAAGCCAAAAGAAAAAGACCCCGAAGUAUUGCUAACGGUCAAGACGGAACCGAUGCGUGACAAGAAAGACGACACCGCCGCUGAGGUUAAGCGCGAGCUCGAAGAGCCCCGUCCGGUUUCGAGCAACGUCGUCAUCGCACAAGACACAGAGGUAACCAUUACCGGUGUGUAUGUUAAUUCCGGCCUGGGGGCAAACCAGGAAGCGUACUGCAAGAUGCAGUAUCGUGUGCAGCAGAGCGUCACCGAGGAACGGUUGGUGCGUCCGGGCGAGGCACCACCGAAAUCCUACACACCGCUGACGGCGCUCUCCAGCAUGCGGCCACCCAACGAUCAGUCAGCUCUCUCGACGCCACCGUUGUUUGGUCAACCGGCCCAGUGCGACUCUCCCCUGGGUCUGGUGGGACCGCCCAGGGGCUUCUAUCCACCGUCGACAUCCUCGUCGGGCAGUUCCAGCGCGUUCUGUGCUCCGAUUCCCCACGACAGUCCAGGUACGCAUCGAUUUUUGGCGUGUUUUACAUGGAGAAUAAGGUUUGAACCUAAUCAUUAAAACAAAUAAUCGUUUUAUUAAGAAUCGCUCCGCAAGCUUCGAAAUUGAUGGCGUAGCCAUCAUCUGGCAAAUGAAAAACUUCGUUCAAAUCGUAAUUUGGAAUGAAAGUUGAAAAAAUCAUCUGAUAGUCAACAAAAUAUUAAUUAUUAGUGGUCUUUCAAACAAACUUUCCCAAACAACAAAUUUCACUUUAAAUUUAGACUGUGUGUCCGUAUAACAAGCGUAAAAGAUCAUCUGAAUCAAUAUGAUCGAACAGGACAGCAAACACAAAUAGCCUUGUUCUGCUGUAACAAAGCCAAUUAGUCACGUCAUUUCACGUCAGCUUAUUUGACGAAUUCCCAUCGCUUCCGAACCAACUAAAUAGAUUCCACUUGGGACACGCUUGUGAACAGCAGCAAAACAUGACAUCCUGCAUUGACAGUGAAUCAGAGCAACAAAUCACUACCCGCAACCACAUUCAUAUCCCAUUCAUCAGUUACCUACAUUUUGCUUGCAACGAGCUGACUAUACUGAUUGACACGUGCACACAAUCCUUCCUUUGAAUGCUCUCAAAUCGUUUGCAUUCUCACUAGCAAGCUGUUGUGUAAAUCACACUCAACAACGCUUUCCAUCAGCACCACUAUUCUAUAAAUAAUAACAUUAUUAAAGCGCCAUUAUCACUCCAUAAUACAUUGUGCUCCAAACGGUUUUCGAUCGACGAACAAUGAUUGCCCAACUCAAAUGGUUCUCAUCCUAAUACCUUUCUCUCGCCACCUCCAAGCACCCCGUUGCAUUGCUAACACUGACUGCUGCUAGAGGGAGCUGCCAUUUCCCUAGAACGAUGUAAUCCCCAUAACAACGUCCUUCCUGCUGUUCCUUGCUGCUCAAUAGUGAUGCUGUUAUCGGAGGGCAGCUCAUCAAAUGGGACCAUGACAUGCA